UAACUCCAGUCGGUUUUUCCCUCUCUCAGUUGUUCUUGUUUAAGUUUACCACUGACUGAGGCUCACUUGGGUGAACUGGAAGAUUUUAGAUUGUAAAACAUACAGGUGAGAAAAGAGGUAAUCAGCCAUGCAUCUGGGCAAAGCACUUUUGUUUUUCUUUCUUUUGAACAACGUGACCAUGACUUUGUCACUAUCUACUUGCACCACUGUGGACAUUGACCACAUAAAGAAAAAGAGAGUGGAGGCGAUCCGGGGACAGAUACUUAGUAAGCUGAGACUAACCAGUCCUCCCCAAGCACUCAGUCCCAGUCAGGUACCCUACCAGGUGCUUGCGCUUUAUAACAGUACAAAAGAAUUGAUCGAGGAACUGGGCCGAGACCGACAGCAAACCUGCGGCCAAGAUAACACGGAGACUGAAUACUACGCUAAAGAAAUACACAAAUUCAAUAUGCUACAAGGACUCCCAGAAAACAAUGAUUUACCCUACUGUCCCAAGGGCAUCACCUCGAAAGUCUUUCGUUUCAACGUCUCCACCAUGGAGAAGAAUGCCACCAACCUCUUCCGAGCAGAGUUCCGCGCACUGCGUGUUCCCAAUUCUAGUGCUAAAAGGAAUGAACAACGCAUUGAACUCUAUCAAAUCAUUCGGAAAGAUGAACACAUAGCCAACCAGCGCUACAUCGGGGGCAAAAACGUCCUGACUAAGGGAACACCAGAGUGGGUUUCAUUUGACGUUACUGAAACAGUGAGAGAAUGGCUCAUGUACAGAGAGUCCAACCUUGGCCUGGAGGUUAGCGUGCACUGUCCGUGUCACACAUUCAACCCCAAUGGUGACAUCAUUGAAAAUGUCAAUGAAGUAUUGGAGGUCAAGUUUAAAGGCAUGGACGGAGACUACGAAGAGCAGCAAAUCCGUUGGGAUCAGGGUCGUCUGAAGAAGCAAAAGGAACAACUCUUUCCCCAUCUCAUUCUUAUGAUGCUGCCGCCCCAUCGCCUGGACGUCCCGCCAACCUCAAGGCGACGCAAACGUGCACUAGACACCAACUACUGCUUCUCGAACUAUGAGGAGAACUGCUGUGUACGACGUCUCUAUAUUGACUUCCGUCAGGAUCUUGGCUGGCGAUGGAUCCAUGAACCCAAAGGAUACCAUGCCAAUUUCUGCUCAGGACCCUGUCCUUACCUACGGAGCGCUGAUACCACGCACAGCUCGCUGCUGAGUCUGUACAACACUCUGAACCCUGAGGCUUCUGCCUCUCCUUGCUGUGUGCCCCAGGACCUGGAACCUCUCACCAUCCUAUACUACGUGGGCCGAACACCCAAAGUGGAGCAGCUCUCCAACAUGAUUGUCAAAUCAUGCAAGUGUAGCUGAGGGCACUGGCCUUGAGGAGGCUUCAGUACCUGAGGCUGAAGAGAGAAGUGAGAGGAGGUUAGAACUGGACCCUUAAAAAAUACCUCUACACACCCUUCUCACCAGUGCCAAGGUCCUGGAACAAGUUGCUGCCACAGACUACA